UCUCCCAGACACCCGCUGCGGGCAACGGCGAUGUGGAGCACCUUCACAGUAUCUCCUCUUACCCAAGCAGCCGAGACGAGCACCUUUAUUCACGGACAAAUACCACCGUCGGCGGGAUGGCCGAGGAGAGCCGCGGAAAGAGACGGAAACAGGCGAACCCGAGGAGGAACCAAGUGGAUGUGGAGAAGCUGACUGGCCUGGGCUCGGAGGGGGAAGAUGAGGGCGUGGGGUGGGGCAUGGAGACCCAUGACAUCUAUGACAAAAGCAGCCUAACACCCAGCGAGGGCACCGAGACAGCCAGCCCCGCCCACUACGCCAACUCCCAUUCCCCAAGCCCCGCCCACUAUGCCAACUCCCAGCCCCUGAGCCCCACCCACUAUGCCAACUCCCAGCCCCCAAGCCCUGCCCACUAUGCCAACUCCCAGCCCCCAAGCCCAGCCCACUAUGCCAACUCCCAGCCCCCCAGCCCCGCCCAUUAUGCUAACUCCCAGCCCCCAAGCCCCGCCCACUAUGACAACUCCCAGCCCCCAAGCCCCGUCCACUAUGCCAACUCCCAGCCCCUGAGCCCCACCCACUAUGCCAACUCCCAGCCCCUGAGUCCCACCCACUAUGCCAACUCCCAGCCCCUGAGCCCCGCCCACUGCACCAACUCCCAGCCUCUGAACCCCACCCACAGCUGGACGGGGGGUCCUCCCAACACCAGCACCCCAGGGAAGAGAGAGGGGCACAGGGACAAGCUAAUGAUUUACAGUCACAGCGACCCCCGAGCGGCGGAGGACUCGGCUCAUUACGACUUCCUGAUGCAGCUCCGGCAGGCCUCGAACCCGGGACCCUGGCCCGAAGGACACGCCCACAACGGAGCCGCGGGCGUCUACCGCCCGGCCCGGCCCGCCCGCGAGGGCACGCGCCCGCCCUGCUGGUCGCCAGGGAAACAGGACUCACCCGAGGGACACGAGCCGCCCCCUGCCAGCGUGGAAGGCCUGAGGUCUGUUCUGGCGUGCCCGUUCUGCCAGCGCACCUACCGGAGGGACGCGGCCCUGCGCGAACACGUGCGCUUCUGCCAGGAGCGGGACGGCAGCGGCCGUCUGGACUGCCCGCUGUGUGGCUACAGCUCCCCCUACAGGGCUCAGAUGGAGCGGCACAUGGCCAUGCACAGUCUGGCGCACAGCAAGCAUGCGACCAUGUACGACCCCGCGGUGGAAAACAGGAAGUUUAAGUGCCUGCAGUGUGGAAAAGCCUUCAAAUAUAAGCACCAUCUGAAAGAGCAUCUCCGUAUCCACAGCGGGGAAAAGCCGUACGAAUGCGCCAACUGCAAGAAGCGCUUCUCGCAUUCGGGCUCGUACAGCUCGCACCUGAGCAGCAAGAAGUGCCUGAGCGGGGGCGGCGCGGGAGGGGUGCUCAACGGACAGGUGUACCACGCCACGUACCUGCGCAGCUCCUCCCCGGGCUCACCCCCUGCUGGCCACGAGCGGAACAGCGGGAAGGGCUCGCCGUACGCCUUCCCGAGCCCCGGGGCGCUGCUGGACCGGCCCAGGGCGGGGCAGCCGGAGCAGGCGCUGCUGGAGGGGUCCCGCCUCGCCCACGGCCAGGAGCCCCCGGGGUUCUGGGACCCCGCUUCCGAAUUCUACCGGGCAGACCUGUACAGGUGCACUAGCCUGUUGCCGUACCUGCACGGCGGGGACAAGUUCGGGCGCGUCCUGCAGGAGAUGCUGAGGAGGGGCGGGGCGCACGGGGAGGAGGGCGUUGCCGGGGUGGGGGAGGGCGGAGCCCAGGGGGAGGGGCCUGGGGUGAGGGGGGCGGAGCUGGAGGAGGGCGGGGUCACGUGCCGCUGGUGCUCGCAGCUCUUCCCAAACCACGCGGUGCUGGUGCAGCACGAGCGCUACCUGUGCAGGAUGAACCGGGACGGCCUGGAGGCGCUGGAGCGCCCCCCGCAGGGCAGGGGCAAAGAGGCGUCCCAGGCCGCCACCGCCGCCCUGCCGCACCACGCCCACAAGGCCAACGGCUUCGGUGGGGAGAGGUCCCCAAUCCGCCGGUCCUCCUGGCCCCCCCUGCCCCAGCGCUCCCCCCUCCUCCGCCACCCCGACCCCCCGGGGUCCCGCCCCCUCUGGCCCACGCAGGAGGCUGGCAGCCCCAGCCCCGCCCACCACCCCGCCAGCCCCGCCCACCACACCGCCAGCCCCGCCUCCCCGUCAUUCCUGGAGAGGCGGCGCGGGGCGCCCAGAGGGUUCGACUCGCCCCUCUGCCUGGACCUGUCGGCCCACGCCCCCGCCUGCUCCCCCCCGAGCAGGCCCACGCCCCCCUGCGGGACCCCCAGCUCGGCCGGCUCCCAAAGCGAGCCCCUGGACCUCUCCCUGCCCAAGCCUCGCUGGGCCUCAGGGGGAGAGCGACGCUGCAGCAGUGCGACUCUGCCCGGCGACAGGAGGCCCGCCCCGCCCCCGCCCCCACCCCAGACCCCCGGGGCCUACGGCGGGACGCCUGCGUUUGGGGGCCCCAUGUACAGUGCCUUUCCCCUCUUCAAUCCCGUCAUGCCUGUGGGACACCACGACAGCCUCUCCCCCCUGUCCUUCAACCCCCCCGCCCAGAACAGCACCCCCUUACUGCCCCCCCUGCCCUACAUGCUGGAGUCCGACACCGAGUCCUUUCUCAAGAGGGUCCAUCAGGAACGGCAGACGUUACUGAGCGAGGCGCUGAGCCGGGGGUGUCUGGACUACCUGCCUCUGAUGGAGGAUGGAGCUGAAGGGGAGGGCGGGCCCGGGAGGAAGAGGCUGAAGAAGACGGACGAGGGUCUGUACGCCUGCGACAUCUGCGACAAGACCUUCCAGAAAAGCAGCUCCCUCCUGAGGCACAAGUAUGAGCACACAGGCAAGCGUCCUCACGAGUGCGGGAUCUGCAAAAAGGCCUUCAAGCACAAGCACCACCUGAUCGAGCACAGCCGGCUGCACUCGGGGGAGAAGCCCUACCAGUGCGACAAGUGCGGCAAGCGCUUCUCCCAUUCGGGCUCGUACUCGCAGCACAUGAACCACCGCUACGCCUACUGCGGGCGCGACCCCGCUGACCCUGACCCCGCCCCCGAGCUUGACCCCCUGCCCCUGCUGCCCCUGUCCCUCUACCGGCCGCGUGGCCGGGAGCUGGAGGGCGUGGCCCAGGAGGCGGGGCCGGGCGGGGCUCGCUUCCUCAGCACCUGCAGCUCGGACAGAGAGCCGAGCGGCGCGGAGCCGGGGGCGGGGCGGGGGGCGGACCUAGGGGCGGAGCGUGAGGCCAGCGGGAUGGCGGUAGCGGGGGAGGGCAGCCCCCAGAGGGACGGGGUUCAGGAGCGAGACGACGGAGACCGUGACACUGGCUAA